CACCAGAAGAGAGGAGAGAAGGAGCAGGAUAUCGCCAUCCAAACCACUGAGUGGGCACAGGUCCAAGGACUCAUAUUGUUGUGGUGUUUUCCUCAGAUCGCUUGUUGAUUAAAGAUGCCCCGUGGAGUUGUCUUACGAUCAAACAAAGCGAGGUGCCGUAGUACCGCGGAGCACGGUUUCCAUGGAGACGGGUGUAUCGACGGACGCGGAGCGACCGCGGAAACUCACUCAAGUCAUGACGGACGACGGCGAGUUGGGCGAAUUCAUCGUGCAUGAGCUGAAUAAUGCGCGUGGUGGUGACGGCGAGGAAGAGCAGCAGAGGCUGUGCGCGCGUGAGGACACGGUCUCAGACGAUAUUCCACUUUCCCUGCUCAGCUACUUUGAAACCUCGAAAUGCAGAGCAGCACGUUGUGAGGAGCUCAUCCUGGAGGAACUUCAAGACUUCCCUGCGUCACAUCACACUGACGUCAGGAUGACCUCGCCUCACGAACCCGAUAAGGACGCGAUGAGUCUUAAUAUGCAGGUUCCCGGUGACACAGAACCCGAGGGAAACGUGUCCUCUCUCAGCAAUGAUGGUGAGGCAGAAAUGGACGAGUGCAGGUGGUGUGAAAAACACGCGGACGUCGAAGUGACGACGACUGAAGAGGAGGUAAAGAGAAGCAGUCGGUGCGAGCGGGAGCUCGGAGGGGAACAGGAGGAGAUGAAGAGGAAAGAGGAGGAAAGGAAACGAAGCCAGAUAAACUUCCAGGAGGAGCUGAAGAAGAUAAUGGACGCAGAGAAGCAACAUCAGAAGGAGCUGGAAUUGAUGGGGAAGAGAGCUCAGGAAAAACUUGAGCAGGAAUUCCAGCUUCAGCAGGAGCUGAUCAGAGACUUGCAGAGACAAGUGAAUGAAGAGAGGAAGAAGAUGGAGGCGGAGCACAAGAGGAUAAAGGACGAGGAUGAGAAGAAAAGGAAGGAGAUGGAAGAGAAGAUGAAGAAAGAGGAGGAGGAGGAAGAAGAGAGGAGGAAAAGGGAAGCAGAGAAAAACAAGAGAGAGAUGCAGAGGAUGGAGGAAGAGACGAGAAAGAAGAAGGAGGAUGACAGCAAGAGGAAAAUAGAAGAAAUGAGACUCAAGGAAAAGCUCAGAAGAAAGGAGGAGGAACAGCGGCGGAGGGAGGAAGAAGAAAGGAGGAGAGUGGAGAAUGAGGAAAAGGCGGAAAGAGAUGAGGAGAAAAACAGAAUGCAUGAGGAGAAGGAAGAAGAGAGAAGUAUAAAAGACCCGAGAUGUAAGGGUGAGAAGACAAGGAGACACGGAGAGGAAGAGGAAAUGAUAAGGAAGGAAGGUAAUGAGGAAAUAACAGAGAUGAAGGGAAACAAGACAGGGAAAAUUGAAAACAUGGUGGAGGAAGACAAAAGGAGAAAACCGAGUGAAGAUAUAGGACUGAAGGAGUGGAGAGGGAAAGAAAAGGGUGACGUGGAGGAUAAGAGAAGUGAGGAAGAGCAGAGGAUGACAACAGAACAUGAAGUAAGGAUGAGGAAUGAGGUCAGAGAUUUACAGAAACAAGAGAAGAGAGAGAAGAAGAGGAGUAAGGAGGAGGAGCAGGAAAUUGUAAAUGAAGAGGAGGAGGAGGAGGACCAGAGGAGGACAUCGGAAGAGGAGAUGAAUCAGAGAGAGGUAGAAAUUGAGAGGAAAAGGAUUGAGGAAGAUGAGUGUAAGAGUGUGAAGGAGGUAGAGGAGAAAAACAAGAUACAGAAAGACACAAGAAAGAAGGAAAAGGAGAGGAACAGGAAAUGUGAAGGAGAGGAGACUGAGAACUUCAUGGAGGAAGAUAGAAGGAGAACCACUGAUGACGAAACAGAAGUGAAGAAGUGUGAAAAGAAAAACAGUGAUGAAGAAAAUAAGAGAAGAGACGCAAAAGAAGCUGAAGUAUGGAUGAAGAAGAAAGAGGAAGAGGAAAAUGGAGAAACCAAGGAAAUGCAUCUCAAGGACGAGAGUAAAAGGAGAAAGAAGGAAGUUGAGAAGAGACAUAGUGAGGAACGUAAAGGUGAAAGGAACAAAGAAGAGAAAACUGCAAAAGAUAAAGAGAGGGAGGAAGAAUUAAGGCCUGAGAAAGAGAGGGAACUGAAUAAAACGAAUGAAAGGGACAAAGAAAAGAGGCAGGAAGAGAAAGAAGAACAGAAGACCAAAAUACAACUCAAAGAAGAUAAGGAAAGUGAAAAGGACGAGAAGCUGAGGCCACAUGAGCAGGAAAGAGAAAAGGACACCAUGAAAACUCCAGACAACACCACAGAGUCCUUAACCUCACAAGUAGAAAACACCACCAUCCCGUCCUCCUCAAGACCUGGUCCUUCACAAAGCCAGUCCACAUCCAGUCCCAGCAGCUCUGAAACAAGUGUGUGUCUCCCCGAGCACGCGGAGCAGAAGAGACUGGCGUGGAUGAAAGAGUGCGUCCCGUGGUCCAAACUGUCUCUGCAGAACAAGAACAAGCAAAGAAGAAGAGGAGGCGCCGGCGGUCGAAGGAGAGCGAACAGGACGUCAGAGUGCGACAGUCUCCAGGCUCCUGUCUGUCCUCACACGGUGCUCAUGUCCACAGGCUGUGAAUCCCUGCAGCAGGUGACCACAGUGACCCUGGAGGACUUACCUGGCUGCAGCUUAUCCACACUUGCUCAGUGUCGUCACCUUCAGUCGCUCACCCUCAGGCGCUGUGGCCUCAAAUCCCUGGAAGGCCUCAACCACCUACCAAACCUCUGCUGCGUCGAUGUACAGGAGAACCACAUCUCAUUUGUGGACUGUGGAAACAUGGCGAGCUUACGUGUUCUUCAACUCGGCCACAACAGGCUGACGUCCAUCCACGGUUUGAGUGGCGCUGGGAAUCUGGACGUUCUCGACCUCUCGCACAACCUCAUCACCCGCAUUGCUGGUCUGGAGUGUGCGAGACGCCUGCAGUCGCUGUCGCUGGCUCACAACCAGCUGAUCAGCACCAAAGGACUGAGGGACGUCUCCACCCUCCUUCACCUGGACUGCUCACACAACCACCUGGCUGUGGUGGAGGGUCUGGAGAACAACGCUCUGCUGCACACGCUGGACCUGAAGUCCAACAAUAUCACUGAGCCCCCGAGUCUUAUCAACCACGUCCUCCUCAGAGAGCUGCACCUGGAUGACAACAGCGUCUCGUCACUGCAGGGCCUCGCUGUCUGCUGGCUGCCCCUCAUGCAGCACCUGUCUGCAGCUCAAAACAGAAUCACCCUCCUGCCUUCCAUGUCGGAUUUUGUUUCCCUUGCAAACCUGGAUCUGAGAUUCAACUGCAUAUCAGAACUACACAGUGUGUGUGAGAGCGUGGCGGGAUGUCAUUUCCUGCGAGACGUCCAGCUCGCCGGGAAUCCUCUUCAGCAAGAAAGUAGCUGGAGGUCCGUGCUGCAGAGAGCCGUUGCAGGCCUGAGAACCAUUGAUGGGAAGGAGACAGACUCCCUUCUGUCGGCCCCCGCUGUUCCACAGGUCAGCUUGGCCUCAGGCGGCUUCCUAACGUUUUGCCAGGCUCAGCUCAAACAGACGGGUGAUUUACAGCAGCGGCACCGCAGGGAGCUCAGUAAUGCCUCAUCUCCCCUGGAUGCUGUGAAAUGCUCCUGCCGACACUUCACCGAGACUCUGCAACUGGCUGUGGAGCAGAGAUUUGCUCAUGAAUAUGGGGACACCACUGUGUCUACACUGGGCCAAACUGCAGUGGAGAAAACAGCGGAUAUGGACAAUAAAAGAGAGCUACCAGUCAUUCAAAGCAAUAUGAUUCCAGUGGAUAAAUCAGCCACGGAGAUGAGCUUUCACUCCUCCACAACAAAUGAAAAAACAACUUCCUUCCAUCUGGAAAUGGCACCUGAGUCUGACCAUCAUGAACUGGACUCCAAAAACACAGCAGCGGCAGUGAUUCAGCAGCAGUGGAGAAAAUACAGAGAGAAAUGUGGGAACAUCAGCUGCCCCCCCACAGCUGAGAAGGGAGGCGGAGGAGUGGGAGACAGAGGAGAGCCAGACGCAGGAUCGUCUUCUGUUGACAGGAGCGUUAUUGAACAAGAUGCAGCAAUUGCUAUCCAGGCAUUCUGGAGGGGCUUCAUUCUGAGGAGGAGGCUCGCAUCUGCUCUCGCUGUUGUCACAUGGCCUGACAGCGGUGAGGACGAAACCUUUGAGGAAGUCGACGUGGAUGGAUUUGUCUUUGAUGAGGCAGCAGAAGAGAAACGCUGGACGUUGACGCUUUCUGAAGACUCGUCAUCUUCAGGGCGCCAUCGUGUGUCGCAGCAGCCGCUCUCUCUGAAGCCUCUUGGGCCCUCUCCUGUACAUGUCCACCACACUACCCCAUCAAUACCACACUGGAGACCAAAGCAGGCCUGGUUGGAUGGAGAGCAGGUGGAUCCUGCUGAGGAGAGAACUUCUCCAGAGAGUUCCAACAGACUCAAAUCUGCUGCAGCUUCAGUGCUCAGCGGCCUCUCUGCAAAAUCAGAAAAGAUGGUAGAAGAAUGGGGGUUUAAAGACAGCAACACAGCUCUCCUGAUGCUCAAGAGAGCACAGAAGAUGAGGACAACCCAGAAGCAACAUCAGAAGAUACAUCGGGAUCCCUUUGUCUGCCAGCAGGGUCCAGUGGAGACACGAAACAGGCCUGCACCACACAGGAGAAAUCACAUGAGAGUGAGCACAGCGGAGCAGCAAGCAAAGCAGAUGGAGAAAGUGAAGCGGGAGCGAGCCCAGCAGUGGCUACACCAACAGGCCGACAGGGAUUCAGAGAGCGAGCGUUUUUUGCCAGAGAUCAGCUCGGACAUUUUGAACGGCGGCAGAGUGCAGCUGGUGGCUGACCCAGGCUACUCUGAGCAUCUACAUCACACCAGUGGAUCGUGGGCCAGCAGCAGUUCAGCUGCCCAGCUGAGCAAAGAGAGAAAUUAUCCACGCAGGAACUCUGCGAGUCGUCCAACAGGAAAAGAGGUCCCGUCUCACCAACGCAUCUCCUUCCGAGAUAACCCGGUCCAGCUGAGCGGCGGCUGGGGAGGUGGCAAGAAGAGGGUCAAGGGUCAAGUGCACAAGUAAAACACAAAUUUCUUUGAACUGUGACCCAGCACUCUUUAAAGAAGAUACAAAGGUGGCACUUUGUUACCUUGGAAACCUGAAUAAAUACGGACACUUUAAGCUUUAAGCCUAUAGCACGAAAGGAGUAGUUCAGGUUUUUUGAACACAUAUGUAUUAGAUUGUAUUAGGUAUAGGACUGCACUGUAAAAUCCCUGUGUGCCUCGAACCCUCAUAACCCCCCGUUUAUGCUAUUUUUAGAUGAUGAUCACACAUUUAUGUCACCGUUUUCUGACUAGAAACUGAAAAUUCUGCCUCAUUUGGUAAGAUUCUGUCACUUAGGUAAUGCAGAACACCAAAAGUAACAGAAUAAGAAAUCUGAAAACAAAGCAGCAGUGGAUCAACACCUCCUGUGUCCUAUGAUGGGAAAUUAUAGAUUUUCUACAUGGGAUUUGGUAUGCAAGCUAUGCAAACUGAUGGUCUUUUCAGUGACGUGAGGUUGUGUAGAUUUCUCAGGAAAGAUGGAAAGAAGGAGUUAAGCAACUGACUCUGUUGUUAAGACUUUAUUUAGUUUUAUUUUAAGAGUAUCUAUUUAUUUAUCUGUAUCACCUGUGCUGAAUCUGCUUCGACUCCCUCUGCUGCAAAUGAAUCCGGACCAAUAGGAACUGGAACAGCCCAAAUAUCCUCGGGCACGGCUGAAGCUGAACUCUGUGCCUGACUGUGAUUGCAGCCAUCCAGCACCAAAACACCACGCAGCAAAGUCGCAAAUCGUCGGCGAAUGACACGCUCCGUAUGCAAAUGAUGGCAGGAAAUAAGAAGCAGGAACCCGCUGUACCUGCGGAUUCCUGUUUCCCAACAUGCCGAACUCUCGUCUAGACACUCUGUCAACAGGAAUAAAGUAAAUAUCCUUUGCAACCAUGGGAAGAAAUGGGCUUUUUCCACUGCUGUACACUCCUAAGAGUAAAAUUUAAUCAAAAUUUAAAAA